ACCUGAUACUCUGGGUCCAAAAGCUAACCCUGUUAUACUGCGAGAAUUGAGAUGCAUGGGCAAGUUUUACCUUCGGAAGCUCAUCAAUGGCUGUCUAAGCUCCAUUAAUCGCUUUUAUUCUACUGCCACCAGAACCAUUCAAUAUCCUUCAUCAAAGCCACCGCCGGAGAGAUUUCUACGUCUCUGUGCAGAAGGCCGCAUCAACGAAGCAUUCAGGACCUUCACUUCAGACGUAUAUUUGGAUCCAUCUCUCUACUCUUACCUCCUCAAAUCAUGCAUACAAAUCCACUCACUCUCACUUGCUCGACAACUCCAUUCUUUGAUAAUCACGUCUGGGUGUUCUUCAACGAGGUUUGUCACAAACCACCUCCUCAAUACCUACUUGAAACUUGGUCAGUCUCAGAUCGCUGUGUCGUUGUUCGACGUAAUGCCCAAGAAAAAUUUCAUGUCUUGUAACAUCUUGAUAGGUGGGUUUGUGCAAAGUGGCGACUUGGAUAAAGCACUCAAAGUGUUUGAUGAAAUGCCCAAUAGAAAUAUUGCGACGUGGAAUGCCAUGGUUACGGGUUUGACCGAGUUUGAAUAUAAUGAGGAGGCUUUGAGACUUCUCUCAGAAAUGCACGUUUUGGGUUUUUAUCCGGAUGAAUUUACUCUUGGCAGCGUACUUCGAGGUUGUGCUGGUUUAAAGAGUGUAAGUGCAGGUCGGCAGGUUCAUGCCUAUGCAGUUAAAUCUGGGGUUGAAAUCAAUGUUGUUGUUGGGAGUUCACUUGCUCACAUGUACAUGAAGUCUGGAAGUCUAGCAGAAGGAGAGGAGGUGAUCAAAGCUAUGCCUGUUCAUAGCGUGGCUGUUUGUAAUACACUUAUCUCAGGGAGAGCUCAAAGUGGAUGUUCUGAGGAAGCUUUAAAUCAGUAUUAUAUAAUGAAAAUGGCGGGAUUCAGACCUGAUAAAAUUACGUUUGUAACUGUGCUCAGUUUGUGUUCGGAGUUGGCAACACUUGGACAAGGCCAGCAGAUUCACGCAGAGGCAAUAAAGUCCGGGGCUUGUGCAUCAGUUUCUGUCCUUAGUUCCUUGGUAAGCAUGUAUUCAAGAUGUGGAUGUUUGCAAGAUUCUUUGAAAGCAUUUUCAGAAAGUCUCAUUCCUGAUGUUGUCCUCUGGAGUUCAGUGAUUGCAGCUUAUGGACUUCAUGGAAUGGGAAAGGAGGCAGUUGCUUUUUUUAAUUGGAUGGAGAGCGAAGGAUUGAAAGCGAACAAUGUUACUUUCUUGAGUUUACUUUAUGCUUGCAGUCAUAGUGGAUUGAAGGAUCAGGGGAUUAAAAUAUUUGAUUUAAUGACAGAUAAAUACGGAUUGGAGCCUCAAUUACCACAUUACACUUGUUUAGUUGAUCUCCUUGGCCGUUCUGGCCGUUUGGAGGAAGCAGAAGCCAUUAUUAGAUCUAUGCCUGUGAAGGCAGAUUCUAUUAUAUGGAAGACCCUGUUAUCUGCCUGCAGUAUAUACAAAAAUGCCGAUAUGGCUAAAAGAAUAGCCGAAGAAGUCAUUAGGGUGGAUCCUCAGGAUUCAGCAUCGUAUGUCCUGCUUGCAAACAUACAAGCCUCUGCUAAACAAUGGCAUAAUGUGUCUGAUUUAAGGAAGGCAAUGCGGGAUAGGAGUGUUAAAAAGGAACCAGGUGUGAGCUGGUUUGAGAGGAAGAACCAUGUUCAUCAGUUCUGUAUGAAUGAUAAAUCUCAUCCAGAUUCGAAAAAAAUCAAUCUUUACCUGAAAAAGCUGACUGCAGAGAUGAAAUUGUUGGGUUAUAAGCCUGAUACUGAUUCCAUUUUGCAUGACAUGAAUCUUGAAGAAAAGGAAGAUGAUUUGGUGCAGCACAGUGAGAAGUUGGCAAUUGCUUUUGCUCUAAUGAACACACCAGAUUGUGUUCCGAUCAGGGUGAUGAAGAAUUUACGUGUAUGCAACGAUUGCCAUGUUGCCAUCAAGUACAUCUCUGUAAUCAGAAAUCGGGAGAUCGUCGUACGAGAUGCCAGUAGAUUUCAUCAUUUCAAACAAGGUCAAUGUUCAUGUGGAGAUUAUUGGUAAGAGUAUUUCCAUAAUUUGAAGCCUUAAAAAACUUCCCUUGAUUGAUAUCUUCAAUAUUUUCAUUACAUAAUGUUUUUAAAUCGCAUCUCUUUUCUUGAUUGGAGGGGGCCGCCUCCUAUAUAAAAAAAACCCGCAUCUCUUAAUAGAAAGAUUAACAUUAGCAUGUUUAUUACAUUAUGUUGUUCAAUGUUGA